GUGGCAUUUGUUUGAGCAUAGAGAGAGAGGCAUUGAUCGAUUCAUAAAGUGAGAAACCAAAAUGCCUGUGCGUAUCCCACUACCAUCACCUCCACAUAAUGACAAACCAAAGGACAUUCCGGUGGAUUUACUGAAAUUGCAGAAAAUAAUAUUGCAAAAACUGAGAGAAGCCGAUUCUAACAAGGACGGUCGUUACACCAGGGAUGAACUCCGCACUGCUCUCAAGAACUUGGGUGCCAUCCUCCCUGGUUGGAGAGCCAACCGCGCUCUCGUAAAUGCUGAUUCCGACAACGACGGCCAAAUUGGUGGUCAGGAAGUCGACUCUCUUGUUGACUAUCUCAUCUCUUGUGGCUAUGGAAAAUAAAACAUCGCAUGCAUGCACAUGUGCGUGUUUAAUAAUAUAUAACUAUAUAUAAUAUAUAUAGUUUGUGUUUAUGCAGACCCCCUCUAGCUAAGGUUGAAGAACGUAAGGGGUGGAUUAUGAUGUCUUUCUUUUUCUUUUUUAACAAUGGUUCUAGUUUAAAGUAUUUUAGUUGUGGCUCCAAUCUUAUCAUGGGAUCAACCUUAAUUGUGUUUUAAUGUUUUUGUUUCACGCACCCUUCUAUGUGGUGCUUCCAAUGAAAUAAGAGCUACUAUAUAAUUAUAUAAUA